GUACCCAGCAUCAAUCGUGACAUCCAGCACGAUGAGGACACUAGUAGUAGUAUCAGCUCUGGUAUCUUUAGCCAUUGCGGCUCCUACGCUGCCUGAAGAUGGCACCGAGAGCAUGGGUACUGCUCUAAACGGAGUUCCUCUUCAAGUACAAACUAGUUUAAUAGACAGUCUGACUAAAGAAAGGACCCCAUCCGAAAUUGUACCUGUUACACAUCUGCAUAACGGAGCCCCAAACGCUGACUUACAAAAUGUACAGCUCACCAACGACGGUCCAUCGAUGCCCAUGGCAAGGAGUUUCCUUUUGAAAAAACCAUUGAUUGUGAAGAAGAAAUAUGGAUAUCAACUAUAUCGUGAUUCUGAGGAAGAAAAAGCGCAGGCUGACUCCGACGAGACUUGUGGAAGACAAGUUAAGGUGAAAUUAUGCAACGAAAAUGAAAAAUACAGAGCUACGAUGGGAUCCACUGACGGAAAUGUCCAGAUUCAUUCAUCGGAUGACGACGUGAAACACAGCAUUAAGAUGGCGAAAGAAGCUGUGGAAAAUUUACAAAGAGAUUUGAAGAAAAUGGAGAUGAAGACUGAAAUGAAAACUGCUCAUGAUUCGCAAUCUGACAUAGAACUUCAUGAAGAUAUCGAAGUAGCUAGACAAGCCCUGAAACACAUUCACGAUAAUUUUGAAAACUUAGACACCAUGAGUUUACGUGCAACCACAACAAGGAACUCGGAAGAUAUGCACGAUGUUCAUCUUACUAUAGCAAAAACGGAAGAAGAGCGAAUGGCCCAAUGGAAAGAAGCCCUUGAAAACAUUCAAAAGAAUGUUGAAAUAGCUAGAAACAUUGAGGACAGUUUCAAAGCUGCUAACAACCAAGAAAAUCUGGUACACUUAGACCAAUCAAAUGCUGCACCUACAAUAAACUUCAAGAUGGAAGAAACUGCACUUUUACCUGAAGCCGAUCAAUUACGUCUUACAAAAGAUGCCGACUUAGAGGUUGAAACUCAGGAAAGAACUACUCAGGAACAAAAAACAUUGGAAAAUACAAUGAAUGAACACAUGAAUGAACAAAUCGCAAGGAAGACACAAAAUGCUGAUGAUGAUAUGAAUUUCGCCCCAUCAGAAAUGAUCGAAGUUCAUUUAGAUAACAAAAGACAUCACGAAUCUCUAAAAAGCGAGAGUCAUAAAAUUACUGAAAACGCAAAAAGUGCUGAAUUCGAAUUAGAAGACCCUAAAACGUUUGUCGAGACUAAAGAUUUAGUGAAUGUGCAACAGAUAGAAGACCAUCCCACCAAGGAAAAAAGUGCUGAAAUUAUUACGGAAACUUUAGAAAACCUACCUACGCCUUUUGUCACUACCAAUGACAAUAUGAAACCUCUUACUUUAGUUCCAGUCACUGAACAGCAAAGAACCGUAGAAAUGAACGAAAGCAUCACUGAAAAUCAGCAGGAUAACCUUAAAAAAAUGGAUUCCGACGAUAUCAGCGAUUUCAUUUUAAGAUCAGCAGUCAAUACCGAUGAACAAAAGAUGAUAAAGGAAGACAUUCACAACGAACACGUAGCGGCUAAGGAAGUUGAGGACUUAAAUCCUGAACAGACACAACUUCUUACUGAAACUUGGGAAUUGAAAUCAAAGGAAGCUCUUCCCACCCCUCUCAAUGAAGUCAAGCAUUUUGAUGCCAUCCCCAAAUCUACGGAAACUCUGGAAAACACUCAUUUUCAAAUGACUGACAAUGAACGCGCUGAAAAGUUUCUUCAAGAACAGCUAAGGCAACAGUGGCUGCAACAGGAGGAGUUGAAUCAGAUGAAGGCUUUACACGCAAUGAGAACAGCAAACGACAAUCUUCUACAAAACCAAAAAUCCAUUUUUUGGGGUAGGAAACACAGAAAAAAUGAACAACUGCCUUCAGUGAAAGCUGCUGAAGAUAUUGACCAAUUUGAAACUACUCACCUAGAACAAGAACAGGGUUUCAUGCCUGAAAGUACCAUGGACCACUUUAGAAACUCUUACUUACCAGAACAUACCCACGUGACAAGCAAGAUGGGUAGCUCUCAUAUUUCUGAUGAUAUGAGAACAGCAGACGGCAAUCUUCUACAAAACCAAAAAUCUAUAUUUUGGGGCAGGAAACACAGAAAAAAUGAACAACUGCCUACAAUGAAAGCUGCUGAAGAUAUUGACCAAUUUGAGACUACUCACCUAGAACAAGAGCAGGAUGUCAUGCCUGAAAGUACCAUGGACCACUUUAGAAACUCUUACUUACCAGAACAUACCCACGUGCCAAGCAAGAUGGGUAGCUCUCAUAUUUCUGAUGAUAUGAGAACAGCAGACGGCAAUGUUCUACAAAACCAAAAAUCUAUAUUUUGGGGUAGGAAACACAGAAAAAAUGAACAACUGCCUACAAUGAAAGCUGCUGAAGAUAUUGACCAAUUUGAGACUACUCACCUAGAACAAGAACAGGGUUUCAUGCCUGAAAGUACCAUGGACCACUUUAGAAACUCUUACUUACCAGAACACAGUCACGUGCCAAGCAAGAUGGGUAGCUCUCAUAUUUCUGAUUUGACUCAUAGUCACCACCAUUCUCAUUUCCCCGCAAGAUAUCACCAGAAUUCAAUGGCUCACCAACACAUGCACGAAAUGACCGGUAUGGAUAGCGCUAUGCAUCCUCAUUACCUUCCUCAUAUGAGAGACGCUAUGGAAGGUUUUGAAUCAGAACACACGUUCCACUGGCAGCCUACCCAUGAAUCUGCUAGAACAGCUUACGGAUCUGCUUUAUCAAGUUCCAUAAGUCCAUCUGGCUUGGCAUCUGGAGCUGUUGGUGUUUUCCCUAACGCAAACGUUGGAGGUUGUGGUAUUCCUCUGCUACUGAGUUGCUCGCCUUCCGUGGUGUCAGGCAGCUUGGCGAAGGCACAUUCAGCUGGCCCUUCAUCCUACAGCGCCCCGUCCUACAGAACGGAAGAUGACUUCAGCUUCCUCACUAAGCGUGGUAUCGACAUGAAUGACAUGAGGACUACCAACGCCAUGAGGACCAUGACUACUACUAUGAAACAGAAGACUCCCAUGACCGUCGAAAAUAAAGUGUAACGUAACUUUUGACUUGUAUCGUAUCGACCAUCGACUACUGAGCUUUUUUAUACUUAUUUAUUAUUAAUUUAAUUUUGUAAUCAUGUUUUAUAAAACAUCACAAAAAUAAUAAAGCAUUUUCUUAAA